AAAACUACUUGUCACGAGAAUGUAAUUUAUCUGUCUGUUGUUUCAGAAGUGUUUCCCUUCGUCGAGCACACGUGUCGCGUGGGACCAGAAGAAUGCAAGGUGCACGCUGGAGACUGCGCAGAAUACACGAGACUGCGGGAAUGCUGUUGCUACUCGUACUUGGCCUCUACCUGGAAAUACCUGGCGACUGGCGUAGGAUCACGAGCCAGUAUAAGUCUCACCAAGUUCAUGAUGAUCCUAACGAUUCUCAGGUUAUAUCUGUUGUUGGCCUAAAACUGACAGUACCAAAAAUGUUGUAUAUUAUUAAUUAUUUUAAUAAAUUGUUUUUACAUCGAUCGAAGGAGACAGGCAAUUCCUCGCAAUUUGAUAAGAAUGAUAUUGAUUCUAGACUUAAAUUAAGAAAAUGAAUACAUAUAGAACUCUGUCAUUAUAGCGUAAAGUGAAUGAAAUUUGAAAGCGAAGAAGAUGAUAUUAUAUAUAUAUGUAUAUAUAUAUAUUUUUUUUUUUAACAAUUUUUUAAGACACAUUGAUUAUAGAACAGGUACUGAUAUAUUGUGAUAAUAAAUUGUGUAUAUGUACAAAUGAGGUUUAUAAAUAUAUUUUGCGCAAAUCUUCAGAA